AUGCGUUCAGUCAGGAAGAGGUGGACUGUGUGCACGAUAAGUCUCCUCCUUAUCUUUUAUAAGACGAAAGAAAUGUCGCGGACCGAGGAGCGCCAGGAGGCACCGCUCGCCGGAGAUGGUGAACUGAGUUUGAGUAGAUCAAUGAUCAAUAGCUCUGAUAAGAUAGUUCGAAAGGGUGGCUCCUCAAUCUUCCAGCAUUCUGUAGAAGGUUGGAAAAUCAAUUCUUCUUUGGUACUGGAAAUAAG